AUGGGCUUGCUCAACACCAUCGGGGUCCUUCAAGCAUGGGUUGCUGAGAAUCAACUAGAGCAUUACUCGGAAUCGACCGUUGGAUGGAUUUUCAGUCUGUACGCCUUCUUCCUCUACAUCGGAGGAGCCCAAAUAGGCUCCGUGUUCGACAGGUACGGAGCCAAGCCGCUCAUAAUCCCCGGUUCUAUUGGCACCGUAGCAUCCAUAAUGUGCAUGAGCGUAAGCAAAGAAUACUACCAGUUCCUCCUCUCCUUCGGCGUCCUCGGCGGCAUCUCCGCCUCGCUGCAAUUCACGCCGGCCAUCUCAGCCGUCGGCCACUGGUUCUGCAAGCGGCGCGCACUCGCCACAGGCAUCGCGUGCACGGCAGGCGGCAGCGGGGGCAUCGCCUUCCCCUUCAUCAUCCUCUACCUGGCGCCACGCAUCGGCUUCGGCUGGACGCUGCGCAUCAUCGGCUUCAUCAACGCGGGCAUGGGUUUGGCAGCGUGCCUGCUGCUCCGCACGCGCAUCCCGCCCAAGCCGCACGCCCGCGCCGCCAUCGACCUGCGCGCCCUGUGGCGCGACCCGCCCUACGGCGCGACGACGCUCGCCAUCUUCCUCGUCGAGUUCGCCGUCUUCAUCCCGCUGACGUACAUCUCGUCGUACGCGAUACACAAGGGCGUCGAGCCGCAGCACGCGUACCGCCUCAUCGCCCUGCUCAACGUCGGCUCUGUCCCUGGCCGCGCCCUGCCUGGUUAUGUUGCGGACCGGUUUGGCCGCUUCAAUGUCAUGAUCGGCACGGCGGCUGUGUGCUCUGUCUUUAUCUUCGCGCUCUGGUUGCCUGCUGGUGCGAGCGAGCCCGCUAUCACUGCCUUCGCCGUCAUGUUUGGCUUCUGGAGUGGUGCUGCAAUCAGCCUGACGCCUGUUUGUGUAGCGCAAGUGUGCAAAAUUGAGGACUACGGGAAGAGGAAUGGAACAACAUUCUCGCUGGCGAGCUUUGCGGCGCUGAUUGGGAUCCCGAUCGCUGGAGCCAUCUUGGGAGCGAAUGACGGGCAGUAUUUGGGGUUGAUCUGCUUUGGCGGUGCCAUGUAUGCCGCUGCCGUGCUGGCGUUCAUCGUGGCUAGGUUUGUCGCCAGCCCGAAAGGCGGGGGAGCCAUUUUCUGA